CUCAGCUCUCUAAUAUCAGCUGCAUGCGAGAGCAAGGAACUGCUGCUGCUCCCACUCCCAGCACAGGCACCCAGCACAGGCUACAGCUGGUCCUGCUGGCAUCCCCUGCAGCUGGCAUCGAACUUUAACCCUGGCAUGGAUUAAAGGGGGCUGGGGAGACAGAGGGGGGCACGUUGAUCUCUGCACCAGAGCUGAUGCUAUGCAGCUAGCUGUGACUGGGGGUCUGCUCCUGGGGUCCCAGCCUCCCACACACUGCCCGGGGGAGAUCUGGGGGAAGUUUGAGGAUUGCUGAGUGUGAUGCCCUUGUGCCCAGCAUGGAAUAAGGAGAUCUCCGCUGGUUUUCCAUGCCUCUGCCUCCUGCUAUGGAUUGGGCUUUAGUAAAUAGAGGGGACAUUGUAAGCAUCUGACAAGCAGCCGGACUGGAGCUAUGCUGGACCCUGUGCAGCAUGACUGACCUAGCGUAGCCUGCAUAUCAUCUAACUUUCCACUGAUUUCCAGAAAACACUCCAAUUCUGGAUGGAUGGAUUGAACAUAGUCUGUGUCAUUUAUAGCAUGGCGUUCCCCUUACCUAUUCACCGCUGGGGAGACUGGGUUUUGUAAUGACCUUAGCAGAGACCUUGACAGGGUCCUUUGACUACAAUGUGUCCACAGUGCUCCCUACCCCAAGGUCAAAUUAACAAGUCCAGGCUAAACUUUUUAUAUACAGGUCGAAUGGAAUGUGGCAAUCCAUCAGUUGCAUUUUCUUCACAGUUAGAAUGUGGAUUCAUCUGAAGGAGACUAUGUAUCAACGGUCUAGAAUCUUUGACUCCAAGGCUGCCGCCACCAUCCAUCCAAUCUGAUCUUGUUUUGGAAAUUAAAUCCGGAUAGCAGUUUAACCCUUUUAGACAAUUGAUGUUUGUGUUUAAAGGCUAAAUAGACUUAGUGAUUGCUUACAGCCAUGCUGUCUCUCUCAAGCUUCCUCUCUGAAAAGAAUCAUUGUCUAAGUAUGGGGACAAUAAAGUCAGCAUGCCACCAAGGAGAAAGUCAUUGACACAUACAAAAAGCACAAUACCCUAACUAGCCAAUGAGGCUGGACAGUAAAAUGACCACAGAUGUAUUUCAGUAAACUUCAGAGAAAAAGACAGCAAGAACUCUACAGAUCGACCAUGGAGCUGUCUGAGGUGAGAUGUUCCAGCACAAAUGAGGAACUCUACACAAUCAACAGAACUCCAACCAUCAACAGUAGCACACGACCCAAAAGACUUCUCUGGCAGACUGCAGUGAGGCACAUCACUGAGCAAAGAUUUAUCCAUGAGCAGAGCAGUGCAAAGAUCCUGGCCUCUGAAGACCCCUAUACACUCAAUGCAAAUAGGCAAUAUGCUGGCAAAGGUUCUGCUGGGGACAGACACAACAAUGGAGGCACCAAAGUCUUCCCAGAGAGGACCAGCAGUGACCUGGGGUUCCUCCACCUAGAUUGUGCCCCUAGCAAUUCAGAUUUUUUUUUGAACUGGGGCUACACCUACAGAGGGGUUAUUUUCCCAACACUAAGGAACUCGUUCAAGUCUAGGGACCUUGAAAGGCUUUACCAGCGUUAUUUUUUAGGUCAAAGACGCAAGUCAGAGGUAGUCAUGAACAUACUGGACGUGUUGACCAAGCUCACGCUUCUCCUCCUUCACCUUACCUUGGCCUCUGCCCCUAUGGACCCCAUCAAAGGCAUCUUGCUGGGUUUCUUUACUGGGAUUGAAGUGGUUAUAUGUGCCUUAGUAGUUGUCAGGAAGGACACCACCUCUUACACCUAUCUCCAGUUCAGUGGAGUUGUGACAUGGGUGGCCAUGGCUACUCAGAUCUUGGCAGCUGGACUUGGAUAUGGGCUUCUAGGGGACGGUAUUGGUUAUGUACUCUUUACUCUUUUUGCUACCUAUAGCAUGCUUCCAUUGCCCCUUACCUGGGCUAUUCUGGCUGGAUUGGUAACUUCCCUUCUACAAAUCAUCAUGCAGUUGUUAAUCCCAAGGCUGGCAGUGACUUCCAUCAACCAGAUCAUUGCCCAAGCUGUUCUCUUUAUAUGUAUGAACACUGCUGGGAUCUUCAUCAGCUAUCUAUCAGAUAGAGCACAGCGUCAAGCUUUCCUGGAGACCAGAAGAUGUGUUGAAGCCAGGCUAAGACUGGAGACCGAGAACCAGAGGCAGGAAAGACUGGUCCUUUCUGUAUUACCUCGAUUUGUUGUACUUGAAAUGAUCAAUGACAUGACCAAUGUAGAAGAUGAACACCUGCAGCAUCAGUUCCACAAGAUUUACAUCCAUCGUUAUGAAAAUGUCAGCAUUCUUUUUGCAGACGUAAAAGGGUUCACCAAUUUAUCAACGACGUUAUCGGCACAGGAGUUAGUACGAAUGCUGAAUGAACUUUUUGCAAGAUUUGAUCGGCUGGCACAUGAGCAUCAUUGCCUUAGAAUUAAGAUCUUAGGAGAUUGCUAUUACUGCGUAUCUGGUCUGCCAGAACCCCGACAAGACCAUGCCCACUGCUGCGUGGAAAUGGGACUAAGUAUGAUCAAGACUAUUAGGUAUGUAAGGUCAAGAACUAAACACGAUGUUGACAUGAGAAUCGGGAUUCAUUCUGGCUCAGUUUUAUGUGGAGUGCUGGGACUCAGGAAGUGGCAGUUUGAUGUGUGGUCCUGGGAUGUGGAUAUUGCAAAUAAACUGGAAUCAGGGGGUAUACCUGGGAGAAUCCACAUCUCCAAAGCUACUCUAGACUGCCUAAAUGGAGAUUAUAAUGUUGAAGAAGGCCACGGAAAGGAGAGGAACGAGUUUUUAAGGAAGCAUAACAUUGAAACGUACUUAAUAAAGCAGCCAGAAGAACAUCUUCUUAGCUUACCUGAGGAUAUAGUCAAGGAGUCUGUCAGCCCAACAGACAGGAGAAACAGUGGGGCCACUUUCACAGAAGGAUCGUGGAGUCCAGAACUUCCAUUUGAUAACAUUGUGGGCAAGCAAAAUACUCUGGCUGCUCUAACAAGAAAUUCAAUAAAUCUGCUUCCAAACCAUCUUGCACAAGCUUUGCAUGUCCAGUCUGGGCCUGAGGAAAUUAACAAGCGAAUAGAGCAUACCAUCGACUUGCGAAGUGGAGAUAAAUUAAGAAGAGAGCAUAUCAAGCCUUUCUCACUGAUGUUUAAAGACUCCAGCCUGGAGCAUAAGUAUUCCCAAAUGAGGGACGAAGUGUUCAAGUCAAACUUGGUCUGUUCAUUUAUUGUUCUUGUUUUUAUUACGGCAAUCCAAAGCUUACUUCCUUCAUCAAGGAUGAUGCCAAUAGUGAUUCAAUUUUCUGUUCUGAUUAUGCUGCAUUCUGCCCUUGUAUUAAUAACGACAGCUGAGGAUUACAAAUGUUUACCCCUUGUACUCCGGAAGACCUGCUGUUGGAUUAACGAGACUUACCUGGCCCGGAAUGUCAUCAUCUCUGCAUCCAUUCUGAUUAAUUUCCUCGGAGCUGUAAUCAAUAUUGUCUGGUGUGACUUUGACAAAUCCAUUACCUCAAAAAAUCAGACCUUCAACUCUUCAGCAUCCAUCACUGACAUCUGCUUCUAUCCGGAGUACUUUGUCUUCACCGGCGUUCUUGCAAUGGUGACCUGCGCCGUCUUUCUACGCCUCAACUCUGUUCUGAAGCUGCUGGUUCUGAUCAUCAUGGUGGCAAUAUAUGCACUGCUAACACAAAUAGUUUAUGCUUCCCUUUUUCAACGCUAUGAUAGUUUUCAUCAUAAUGGAAACACAGACUUCCUGGGGACGAAGGAAGCAUCCUUGCUCCUAAUGAUGAUGUUUCUGUUAGCUGUAUUUUAUCAUGGACAGCAGCUGGAAUACACAGCCAGACUUGAUUUUUUAUGGCGUGUGCAAGCCAAAGAAGAAAUCCACGAAAUGAAAGAUUUAAGGGAGCACAAUGAGAACAUGCUCAGAAAUAUUCUUCCAAGCCACGUUGCCCGACACUUCUUGGAAAAGGAUCGAGAUAAUGAAGAGCUGUACUCCCAGUCUUACGAUGCUGUUGGUGUUAUGUUUGCUUCCAUACCUGGUUUUGCUGAUUUUUACUCCCAAACGGAAAUGAAUAACCAAGGUGUAGAGUGCCUCCGGUUGCUUAAUGAAAUUAUUGCUGACUUCGACGAGCUAUUAGAUGAAGAACGAUUCCAGGACAUUGAAAAAAUUAAAACGAUCGGAAGCACAUACAUGGCAGUGUCUGGACUUUCACCGGAGAAACAGCAAUGUGAAGACAAAUGGGGACAUCUCUGUGCGGUGGCUGACUUCUCUAUAGCACUCAAUGAGAGCAUACAAGAGAUCAACAAGCAUUCAUUUAACAACUUUGAACUGCGUAUUGGGAUAAGUCAUGGAUCAGUCGUUGCCGGAGUCAUUGGGGCUAAGAAACCUCAGUAUGAUAUUUGGGGGAAAACGGUCAAUUUGGCCAGUAGAAUGGACAGCACAGGCGUAAGUGGUCGAAUUCAAGUGCCUGAAGAUACCUAUCUAAUACUGAAGGAACGUGGCUUUGCUUUCGAUUAUCGAGGAGAAAUCUAUGUAAAAGGAAUUAGUGAACAGGAAGGGAAGAUAAAAACAUAUUUUCUUCAAGGAAGAGUACAGCCAAAUCCUUUAAUAUUACAGCCAAGAAAACCAACUGGACAAUAUUCAUUAGCAGCUGUUGUAUUAGGACUUGUGCAAUCUCUUAACAGACAGAAACAAAAGCAAAUAUUAAAUGAAAAUAACAACCCCGGAAUUAUGAAAGGACAUUACAACCGACGGACAUUGUUAGCAUCCAGUGGCUCUGAGGCUGUCCCUCAAAUGGAGGGAGCUGAUAAAUCUGAAUUGCCAUAAA